AUGCAUCUGUCCGGCCCGAUGGAAGUCAGUGGAGGCAGCGUGCCUACACAAGAAAAAUGCGAAGCCCAAUUCGACCUCGGUGUCACGCUCUCCCUCUUCUCCUGGCCUUCUUUAUCCCUCGCCGUGGCCAACAACUGGGGCGGUCCCGAUAGCAAAGACAAGCGAGAAUGGUUCGCACAAACGACAAUUGAUUUAUUGAACGAGAACCCCGAUGCGGACGGAGAAUGGAUAGAGACGUUCUUGUUACAGGUUAUGCUCGACGAGUUUGAGGUUAAUGUGGAUGAUGAGAGCGGGAUCGAGGUCGCGGAGCAGAUUUUGAGGCUGAGGAGGGAUUGUGCGAAGGGUGAUUUUAGGGAGGUGGUGGCGAUGAAGGAGAAUUGGGAUAGGAAGGGUGGGAAGAGCGAAGAUGUUGGGAAGCUGUUUGAGAAGAAGGAAAGGAAUAAAGAGGAUGAUGAGACAGAUGGUUCAGAAGAGGACAGCGAUGAGGAUGAGGAUGAGGAUGAAGAUAAAGAUGUGGAUAUGGACGAGGCGCCUCCACUCGUCAAAGUCAAGGAACCUGUGGUCCCAGAGGUCGACGAAGAUGGGUUUACAAAAGUCACCAAGAAAAGGAGGUGA